AUGAUUACCGGUGCUGCUUUCCCGUUGCCGUUGUGGUGGAAGCGAUCAUUCACCCCUCCGACCUCAGAGCCUUCCUCUCAAACUCCAACUCCAACUCCACAAGACAUCACGGCCACCCAGCGCCCCACACCGCCCGCAAAGCUGUCGCCCCUCCAUCACCCCCUCCGGUAUCCCUUCGUCUGCGCCCGCUCGUUCUCGAGACGCAUCUCCGCCUUCCUGCCCGCAGCAGCCAUGACCGUCGGCGAACCAGUCCCGCAGACGUCUGCAGCUCCCUCCGACGCUGCACCACCGCCGUCGCCCCCUACUACUACUACUACUGCUGCUGCUGCUGCUGCUGCUACUACUACUACUACUGCUACUACUACUACUACAAAGAAGACAAAGCUCACCGGCCGCGAGUUCUGGGAGUCCAUUGGGUCCCCGCGGACGAUCGUCGCGCCCAUGGUGGAGCAAUCUGAAUUCGCCUGGCGCAUCCUCUCCCGCCGCCACUCCCCCCCAAACACGCUCUGCUACACCCCCAUGUUCCACUCCCGCCUCUUCGCCACCACCCCCACCUACCGCGCACAAUCCUUCCAGCCCCCCCACCUCGACGGCAACCCCACCCACGACCGCCCCACCUUUGUCCAAUUCUGCUCCAACGACCCGUCGGACCUCCUCGCCGCGGCGCGCCACGUCGCCCCGCACUGCGACGCCGUCGACCUGAACCUCGGCUGCCCGCAGGGCAUCGCGCGCAAAGGCCACUACGGCGCCUUCCUGCAGGAGGAAUGGACGCUCAUCCACUCCCUCAUCCGCGCGCUCCGCGACGGCCUCGACGUCCCCGUGACGGCCAAGAUCCGCAUCCUCGACACGCCGGCGCGCAGUCUGGAGUAUGCGCGCAUGGUGGUGGACGCGGGGGCCAGCGUGCUGACUGUGCAUGGGCGCACGCGCGAGCAGAAGGGCCACAACACGGGGAUGGCGGAUUGGGGCGUGAUCAAGUACAUACGCGAGCAGCUACCGCGGGAGGUGGUGGUGCUCGCGAACGGGAAUGUGCUCUGGCAGGAGGAUGUCGAGCGGUGCAUUGCGGCGACGGGGGUGGACGGCGUCAUGAGCGCGGAGGGGAACCUGCAUAACCCGGCCGUCUUCGAGACGAGCAAGGAGUGGGAGAAGCGGUUUCCGAGGAUGGAUCUGGUGGGGAGGGAGUAUCUGGAUAUUGUGCGGGAGUAUGUGCUGCCGCCCUUGGGGCUCGGGGAGCUGUGGGCGGAGCAGCCGAUGACGAAGCGGACGAGGAAGAGGUUUGAGGUGCUGAUGGCGGAUCCGAGUCUGACGCCCAUCAAGAGCCACUUGUUUAAGCUGUGGCACUCGGCGCUGCCGCGGCACACACAGGUGCGGGAUCUGCUGGCGCGCAGUGGAGCGCGGGUGGGGGAGGACCCGCUGGCGUCGUUUGAGGCUACGUUGGAGGCGCUGGGGAAGGCUAUCAAGGAGGAGCUGGAGAGGAAUCCGGAGCCCGUGGAUGCGGAGGGGAGGUGGGUUGGGCCUGAUACGCCAGUGGAGGAGGGGGAGGAGGAGAAGGCGGGCGAGAGCAAGGAGGGUAUUCUUGUCGAGCUGGAGGACGGAAGGAAGGUGCGGAGAGUGGUGCCGUGGUAUCGGUGCCAGCCGUAUUAUCGCCCGUUGCCGGAGGAGGCGCUGGCGAAGGGGGCGCUGCAGUUGAAGAAGAAGAAUAAGGCAAAUACGGAGGGGAGAGAGGAGGGUGAGAAUAGUAAGAAGGUUAAGGUCGACCCUGAGGUUGGGGCUGUUGCGGCCGUGGAAGUGCUCGCUGCAGAGGCGGUUGAAAGUAACAAAAAGGUCCAAGUUGACCCUGAAGUCGAGGCUGUUGCUGCCGCGGUAGGGGCGCCCUCUAAGGAGGAGGUUUGCGGGUAG